AUGGCGUUUGCUGGGACAAAUAUCAGUUUGUCCCAGCCGGAUAUCACGCAGAAACUAACGGAGCGCAUAGAUGACCUGAAGCAAAAGAUCGCUGCUUGGGGGAAGCGGAUUCGACGAUUUACCGAGAGGUCAAGGCAGUUCAACCAGAAUAGUCUCUUCCGGAGUGAUCAGAAGAGGCUCCAUAAAUCAUUGGAGCGACCAAAGGUAUGUGGAGCGGGCCAAAGACCGGAUCAGGCUGACAUUAUCGCAUUCUGGCGUGGCCUGUGGUCAGAGCCCGUAAACCACAGCGAGGGCCCUUGGAUGGAAGUUGUAGCGAGCCAAGGUGCGAGUGUUACGCCUAUGGACCCCAUCACCAUAACGCCGGAAGACGUGGCUGAGGCGGUCCGUAGGGCCCCGAACUGGAAAAGUCCGUGCUCGACGGGCUACAUAAUUACUGGCUGA